AUGGAUGUGGAGAAGGGUAAAAAUCGGUCCGGGGGCCUGAGCACCCUGGAAAAAUGUCUGAUAUUUCUGUUUGUUUGCAUGACAGUUGUUAGCAUUUGCCUCAUAACUCUCUACUUUGCUGAGAAGUCUGACUCGUCUGCUCAUUCAGAAGGGCCUCUCUCAGGGUGUGGAGGUCCUCAGCAGAUGAGCGGUGAUUCGGGGACCUUUACCAGCUGGAACUAUCCCAGCAGCUAUGACAAUGGCAAAAGCUGCACGUGGAGCAUCACUGUAGAUCCUGACAAGGUGAUUCAUCUGUGGUUUGAGGAGUUUGCUUUGGAGGAGAAACAGCUCUGCACAGGAGAUCUGGUCACACUGCGAGACUCACUGGGAACUAUUGGGAAGUACUGUGGCUACACUAAACCCAAACCUGUGGUGACCCUUUCAAACCACCUGAUGGUCUACUUUGACACCAACGAAAGGAAAACAGACCAAGGAUUUAAAGCACAUUACAAAGCUGUCGCUCCAGAGGCUGCAUCACAAAUAGCUGGUGCUGGCGGUUUCCUCCAAGGUGAUCAGGGGGAUCUGAUGACUGCAGGUUUCCCAGAACAAAGCUAUCCAAACGGAGCACUCUACCAGUGGAGGAUUACAGUGCCUGAAGGUGAGCGGGUCCGACUGACUUUUACCAGCUUCGACCUGGUCCCUGAUGUCUGUGGAGACUUUGUUCAGAUUUAUGAUGGCCAUGAGGCUGGCUCUACUUUGCUCGGAACAUUUUGUGGAGGCAGUGAGCCAAAGGCAGUGGAGUCCAGCCACAACACCAUGGUGGUGCGCUUUAAAUCUGAUGGCAGCCUGACUUCUAAAGGGUUCCAAGCAACUUACACAAAGUCCAGCCUUCCUCCUGUUGUCAUUCCAACCACAGCCCCGACCACCACCAGCACACAGACCACCCAACCUCCAACAACCUCUGGUAGCGGAGGUCCUGUAAUCAUCGAAGGACGGAAAGGAACGAUCCAGUCCACGGGUUUUCCAAAUUCAUACCCGGCUCAUUCCAAUAAUUCCUGGAGGAUUUCCGUGUCCAAAGAGUUCCUGGUUAAACUGCAGAUCACUGACCUGGCGAUCACAGGAGAGACCGGACAGUGCAAAGAGGACAAGCUGGUCAUCUCAGAUGACUACAGCAUUCUGGGUACACACUGUGGCUUCAUCCUCCCUCCACCAGUGGUCAGCGCCCGUAACACCAUCUCUGUCACCUUCCAGUCUGACAGUCGGCUCACAGACCGAGGAUUCUCUGCAGAGUGGGAGGCGGUGUAUCCUGAGGAUAUAGCAGAGAUCCUGGGAUGUGGCUUUACUUCUAAAGAGGAAACUGGUGUAAUUAAGUCCCAGAACUGGCCAAAGAACUACAAGGCUAACACGGAGUGCAUGUGGACCAUCACUGUGCCACUGGGGAAAAAAAUCACGCUGACGUUCACUCAUUUUGACCUGGAACCCAAAGAUCUUCUCUCCUCUAAAUGCUACGACAACGUGAUGCUGUAUGACCUCAGUGGUUUGACUAAUGCACUUAACCAAAAACAUGGACCUUUAUGUGGAACAACUUUGCCCAGCACCAUCCAGACGAAAGGCAACAAGCUUCUGAUCCGUUUCCAUGCAGACAUAUUAACUGAGGCUAAAGGUUUCAGAGCUUACUGGACUACAAAUCCCAGCUUGCCGGCACCAACUGAGCCACCUGCUGAGCCGAACCCCUGGGACAGCAUCACCAUAGACUGGCCCGAAACAUGUGGGAAACCAGCCAUCCCUCCUGCUGUCGCAUCACGCAUCGUGAAUGGAGAAGAAGCCGUUGCACACUCCUGGCCUUGGCAGGUCUCCAUGCAGGUGGGAACUCAGUCUGAACCUUCAUUUUUUCACACCUGUGGUGGGACUCUCAUUCAUAAAAACUGGGUGCUAACAGCAGCACACUGCUUCAUAAGGUAUGCAGAUGAGCUGCAUCGCUGGCGUAUGUGCCUCGGGAAACACAACCUGACCACCACAGAGGUGACCGAACGCUGCAUCAACAUCUCUGGCAUUCAUCGCCAUGAGGCCUUCCAGUACCCCACAGUGCCCACUGUGGAGUUUGACAUUGCUCUGGUGAGGCUGGCUGAAGAUGCUGUCGCCUCAGAUGAGAUUUCCUUCGCCUGCCUUCCCUCUGAGGAGGAGACCCUUCCUGCAGGAAAGAAGUGCUACGCUACAGGCUGGGGGGACGAAACAGGAGAUUCAGUAAAUCCGAAAGCUUCUGAGACCCUCAACCAGGUGGCCCUACCUGUUGUCCCUUAUGACACCUGCAAACGGAUGGAUUACUGGUGGUUCCAGGUGAAGACCUCCAUGAUCUGCUGUGGGUACACACUGCCUGAUGAGCUGAAGUCUGUCUGUCAGGGAGACUCAGGUGGUCCACUAGUUUGCCAGGACACCCCUGGUGGUUCCUGGGAGAUUCACGGUAUAACCAGCUUCGGUCCCAUUGGAUGCAUAAUGGACAAAAAGCCCUCCGUGUUCACCCGUGCCUCAGCCUACCUUCCAUGGAUCUCAAAUGUCAUUCGCAGGGACAUCUACAUUGAGCACACAUCAGGUUGUGGAGGACCAAAGGAUCUGUCUGGUACAGGCGGCAUCAUAACCUCCAUGAAUUAUCCCAACACCUACAGCAAUAACGCCCGCUGUGAGUGGAACAUUGAAGUGCCUGUAGGGAAACUUGUGCACCUCCACUUCAGCGGUUUCUCCCUGGAGGACAGCCAACUGUGCCUGAAUGACAAAGUCAAACUCACUGAUAACGUAGGAAGUCUGGGCACCUUGUGCAGCCCUGUUCCACCUCAAGAUCUGGUGACUGAUGGAAAUAGGCUCCAUAUCAGCUUCUCUUCUAAUGACAAGGUGGUGGACACAGGCUUUACUGUGAGCUGGACGGGGGUGGACCCUUCAAAAGCUCCAUGUGGAGGACAUUUUAGCAGCAAGCAGGGUGAAAUAACCUCUCCAAACUGGCCUGGUGACUACCUCGCACAGAGUGUGUGCACAUGGCGAAUCAGUGUCCCCUCAGCUGAGAAGAUCCAUGUAGUCUUUACUGACUUUGAGCUGCAAGCCAUGAACCUUUUGGGAAACUGUGUGGAUUACGUAGAGAUAUUCAACGGAGAAACAAUGGCCUCGCUUGGUCGGUUCUGUGGCUUCGCUCCACCACCCACCAUCACCGUCCCUGUCAACACGGUGGUUAUCCGCUUUCUGAGUAAUGAUGCUAAUCAGCAGAAAGGUUUUCGUGGUUACUGGACCACUGAUGCUAGUGUGUUUCCAACUUUACCUCCUCCUUCUCCAAACCCAUGGGACAACAUCACCAUCAACUGGCCAGAAGAUUGUGGAAAUCCAGCAGUAAAGCCAGAAACAGCCACUCCUCGGGUUGUUAACGGGGAGGAGGCAAAACCCCACUCCUGGCCUUGGCAAGUCUCCAUGCAGGCUUCACCCUUCCCUCCAUUUCUUUACAUGCACGGCUGUGGGGGCUCUCUGAUUCAUGAAGAGUGGGUUCUUACUGCUGCUCACUGUUUUAUGUUCCCCCUGAACACAACAUCCUUCUGGCGUAUGUGUUUGGGAAAACACCACAUGAACUCCUCCAUGGAUGUUCCCUCGGCAGAGAAGUGCUACAAGGUGGACAGAAUAAUCAGACACGAGGGCUUUGUGUAUGAGCAGGAUAGCACGGACAUCAGCAAUGACAUCGCCUUGGUGCAUUUGACCGAGCCUGUAAAUAUGACGAAGGAGAUCAGCCCCAUCUGUCUGCCGAAAGCCGGGGCUGUGAUGCCAGCGGGGACUAAGUGCUUCGUUACAGGAUGGGGAGACGAGAAAGACCUGCAGCAAACCUGAAUACUGGUUGGACUCGGUCAGACCCUCCAUGAUCUGCGCUGGCUACGAGUCCCCCGAUGAGCUCAAAUCAGCCUGCCAGGGAGACUCAGGCGGUCCAUUUUCCUGCUCAGUCGCUGGGACCUGGGAGGUGCAUGGCGUGGUCAGCUUUGGUCCUCAAGGCUGCAUCAGAGACAAAAAACCCUCAGUGUUCACACGAGUGUCUGCCUUCAAUGACUGGAUCCACGACAACAUCAGGAAGUUUGCAUAUGAAAACCAAAAGGCGAUAUAAAAGAUCAGGAUUUAAUGCUUUUAGAUUUAUUUUUUAAGAUUAUGGAAUUUUAAUCUGGAUGUUUUAAUGGGAUUGAAAACUCCGCAAUUAGGUAAUAAUAAAACUAUCAGUAUUAUGGUCUGUAAUGCUUUGGUCAACAAGUUAUCAAAGUAUUGAAUUUAAUAGAAAAACAUUAGGUUGAACAUCUCUGCCAAUAUGAGUAUAUAUUUGUUUUUCCUCUUUCUCUUCAGUUGUGAUGCUCAAAAUUGUCCUAGAUUUUGUAGGGCAACUGUAAACCUGGCAAGUCAGACUGAUUUACAGU